AUGGGAGAUGACAAUCCUCUUGAAAAUUCGUUUCAUCUAGAAGAAGUACUUUCGGAUGAAGAUGAAAAUCGUAGUACGACGAUCCGUGGUCGAACGCAAGACAUAUUCGUAAAUCGUAUUCGUACGCCACCAAUAACACGAUCUCGAUCUCAGCAUACAGUUUCAAGUCAAUCAUCUGUUCGGAAUCUCAUGGGCACAUCAAGUGCAGUUCAGCUUCUUGAUGAAAAUCGUUUUCUCAACGAUGAACUCAAUCGGGUGGAAACAGUCUUGAAUCUAACUCGCGCAGAGAAAGAUGAAUUAAGCAUACGGUACAACGCCUUAUCGGAUCGACUCGAGCAAUCUUUACGUGCUCAUGGUAUUGAUGUCGCAUCGGAGGCUGGCGAUGGUGAACCGGAGCGACGCGUUCUUGUUCAACAAAAUAUCGAUUUAAGACGAAGAUUAGAAGAAGAACAUCAAUCGUACAAACGUAAAUUGUCUAAUUACCAAGAAGGCCAACAAAAACAAGCACAACUCGUACAAAAACUACAAGAAAAAGUUUUACAAUAUAAAAAACGAUGUGCUGAAUUGGAAUCAUUAACUGAUCAACAACGAGCCGACAUGGAUCGUAUUCGAGUUUCAUCGACGAGUAAUCCAACGCCAUCAAGCUUGACCUACAAAUCUCGUAUUCCGGAAAAUAGUGAAGAACAAGAUGCCAGUACUAUCAUUCUUGAAGAAGAAAAACAAAAAUCAGCAAAUCUAGGCCAAUUGAACAUUCUUCUCCGUGAACAACUCGAUCAAGCUCAUUUAGCUAAUCGACAAUUGAGCGACGACGUUCGUCAUCUUACCAAAGAACUUCAACAAGUUCGUGAAGAAUUAGCAAAGAAAAAACAUGAUUUCAAAGAAGAAACACGGGCAUUCAAUAAAUACUAUGAUAAAGAACACAACAUGAUGUAUGAACUAUGGCGAGAAAUCGUUUCAUUUCGUCAACAAUUCACCGAAUUGAAAGGCACCACUGAACGUGAUUUAACACGCGUUCGAAAUGAUCUUGCUCAAACAGGUCGAUCAUUAACAAGUGCUUGUUUUAGCUUUCUAACAUCCGCUAAAACCGCAGAAUCUCAAGGACAAGCUGCAGCCGAACGUGAGCGCAAUGAUCGUACUAAUUUAGAAAGUCAAAUCCGAGAGAAAACACGUGAAAUUACUGAUUUACAACAAAAACUGCAAGAAUUGACUUCACUCAAUGAUAAACUACGCAAUCAAUUGACCGACAAAGACAGUACGAUUACCAAUCUGACACGUACUAAUCAAACCAUGGAAAGCUCUUCUUCUAAUUUGGACAUACGUACUCGGGAGAUCAAUGCUGAUACCGAGCGUCUUCAUCAACGUCUACGAGACAUUGCUCAAGCGGUCAUCAAUGAUGAAGAACAUCAAUACGACGGAGAUGUCACUGGACGAACAUCACCACGCCAAUUAUCACCAUUAAGAGGUGCCGAUCGAUUCGAAUCACCUGAACGAAGCUAUACUCGUCUUCGUUCACCUCGAUCUCAUUCACCUCAACGGUUAACUCAAACAGCAUUGGUACAUUCUCGAAGUCUUUCACCAUCAUUUGCUGAUAGUACCUUCAGUGCUGUUCAUGCUGCGUUAAGUAAACGUCAAGUUCAGGUGCAUGAUUUACAAACGAAAUUAUCAAGCACACGUGAUGCAGUUCAAUUGUUGAAAGAUCAAUUGAAUCAAAGCGAAACUGAACGACGUCUCUUCGAACAACAAUCUGCGAGUUACAAAGCACAAAUCGAAGAUUUACGUCGGCAAUUUGAUUCGACUGCUCAAGAUCGUGAUCGUUCGAAAACAGCUCUUGAAACAUCAAAUCACGAACGAUCGAAUAUGGAGAAGAUUCGCAUUACAUUGAACUCUCAAAUUGAAACUUUGCGUUCGGAUUGUGAACGCUUACAUCAAGCAAAUACGGAACUGCAACGUCAACGCGACAUACUCGAAGAAGAAAAAGAAGAUCUGCAAAAAGAUCGUAUUCGUCAAGUCAAAGAAAACGAACGUUGUAUCAAAGUGAUCGAAAAUCUUGAAAGUCAACUUUCAAAAUUGAAGAAAGAUGUCUCCGAUUUACGCGAACAUUACCAAGCAGAAAAACUAGCGAAGGAUGUCUUAUCACAAGAAAAACUUGUUCUAUCUGAUGCAUUGUCACGAUCGGAACUCUAUCGUGCAGAAGUCGAACUUGACCUAAGCAAAGAACGCAGUGAAGGUGCAGCUCUACGAGAUCUUCUCUGUAAAGUUCAAGCACUCAACGAAGGUCUUGCUCAAGAUAAGAUCGAACUGAAUAAAAUUAUUCUCUUGAUCGAACAAGAAAAGAAUGCUAUUCUUAAUGAAAAAUCUGAUGCUGAACAAGACAAAUCAACACUUCGACAAGAAUUAGUCAAAGUCGAACAAGAAAAGAUCGAUGUUGAGAAUGAACGAGAUACGCUUCUUCACCGUCUCCAACUAACUGAAGUUAGUCGUCAACAAAUCGAAGAAGAACUCAGCGCAGCCAAUAAAGAACGAGCUGAUGUUGUCGAACAAUUUCAACAAAUGACUCGAUUGAAAAACACAUUGGCAGAAGAUUUGAUUGCUGCCCGAAAAGAUAUCGAACGGUUAAGUGAUCACAAUAUUCGUUUGAACAAAGAAAAAGAAGACCUAACUAAAGAACGUGGUAAUCUUGUCAUAGAUUUAACUGGCUCUGAACGCGACAAUCAAACUUUGAAUUCGACCAUCAGUGCAUUACGUUCAGACAAAGAAGCUCUAGAAUCAGCUCUCUACGAAGCUCAAGCCCUCGCCGGUCAACUCGAUGUUAAACGCGAACAAUUAGAAGGUGAAAAUCAAGAAUUAUUAUUGCGUAAAGAACAACUUCAAAAUGAAAUUCAACGUCUUCAUGCUGAAUUGAAUGUUGAAAUUGAGAAAUCAGCGCGCACACGUGAUCAAUUGCAAGAACGUUUGACCAAAUUAGAACAAGAUCACGACACAUCUCUUCGUCAGCACAAACAAGCUCAUGACGAUGAUGUUGAUCGUAUGACACGGGAAAGAGAAAAGAUUCGUCAAGAAUUAGAAACAUCACGUGAAGAAAUCAUUCGACAACACACCAAAGAUAAAGAUGAUUCCAGCCAACGUUUCGGUCAAGAACGCGAUGAUUUACAUCGCGAGCUAGCAAACAUUAUGUCUGAACGCGAUCAUGCUUUGAUUGAAGCAGAAAAUGAAAAACAAAAACUUCUUUCGAUGGCUCAAUCGGAACGUAAUGCUCUGGCUGAAAAAUUAUCGUUGACAAAAGAUGACUUGUUACGUUUACAAGUUGAAUACGACAAAACUCGUCGUGAUGCAGCAUUACAUCGUGAACAAGAACGGCAAGUCAUUUUAGCUUUGCAAGAUGAAUUGAAGAAAUUCCAAAACAAAUUCGAAGAUGUAAUUACAGUCAAUGAACGUGAUGUGAAAACCUUGAAUGACGAUCUUGAUCAACUACGACAAAAGAUUCAGUCGCAGAAUCAUGAAAACUUUGAAUUGAAGACACAAUUGAAAGUCACCGAAGACAAUCGCGAUCAAUUGAAGCGCGAUUUGAUCGAUGCGAACCGACGCAUUCGAGAAUUCGAAGAAAAUAUUGCUUUGCAACGAAAAGAAAUCCAGGACUUGAAACGAUAUUUACAAGACGAACAGCGCGAUAAAGAACUAUCAUUACAUUCCAGCGAAGAUCUACGUAGUAAACUGAAGAACGUCGAAAAUGAAAAGAUCGAUUUGAAACAAAUCUUGGAAGAAGCUAAACAACGACUUAUUAUUCUCGAAGAGCAAAAAACUCAAGGACAAAAGGAUUCUAACGAAUUGCGUUACAAUUUACGUGAUGUCGAACGUUCGCGAUUGGAAGCACGACGAGAAUUACAAGAAUUACGUCGUCACGUGAAACUACUCGACGGUGAAACAAAGAAGAAAUCCAAAGAAUUAGAAGAAUUAGGUGACCGAGUUCGACAAGAUGAACAUCGGGAAGAGGAAAUGCGCCGAGAAGUGUUCGGACAAAAACAACGCUUUGUCGAAUCGGAAGCAUCGCGAGACGUUCUACGCAAAGAAUUAGCCAGUCUUCAACGACACUAUGCUGAAUUAGAAGAAGAACAACGAUUGAAAGAACGCGACCAUAAAUUAGCUAUUGAAGAUGCACGACGUCUCGAACGUAAAGCAAUCGAUGAACGACGAAAUGUUGAAUUAGCACUUGAAGGAGCCAAUCAAAUGGUUUCAGAGUUACGUAUCGCAUUAUCGGGUGCAGAGGGACGAACAAGUGCACUUGACACGCAAUUAGCACGAGUCGAAGGAGCUAAACGUGAUGCUGAAUACAAACUAGGUAGCAUUGUAUCUAGUCUACGUCGUUCAAUUGGCUAUGGACCGCGUAGUAGCAGUCGUUCACGACUUCGUAGUCGUUCACCAAGUCCACGAAAUUCUCGUCGUCGACCGAUCUCACCAACCAAAGGUAUGGAUACGAACGAAAAUCGCGCUUCGCCAAUCCUACGUCACUCAUCACGAAGCCCACAACGAUCACACUCGCCAGCUUAUGACGAUGAUCGUUCGGCUAAUUCAACCUACGUUGAUGUUGCUGAAGUCGAUCCAGAACAAAUUCGUGAUUCAUUAAGAGACUAUGUUCAAAACUCUCUGCAAACCGAACGUGAACGAGAUGAUUGUAUUGCGGAAGUUACACAACUUCGACGAACCACGAAAGAACUCGAAGAAAAUCUUCUUCGAACUGAACAACGAUUCAAUCAAUUACAAAAGACACUCUCAUCGUCGGAAGAAGACAAGAAAGGCGUCGACACUCGUUUACAAAGUGCUCAAAGCACUUUAUUAUUACAAGAAGAAACCAUUCGCAAGAGUGAACGUGAACGUAAAACAAUGUUGGAUCAAAUAAGCGGACUCGAACGACAAAUUGCCGCGUUAGAUAACGAGAAGAAACAAUUUCUCGAAAAAUUAGAUUUAUCCAAAACAGGUGAAACACGUUCGAAUGAAGAAAAACGAGAAUUGAAACGCGCCUUGGACGACAGUGAAAAUCGUGCUACUGAACUCGAAAUGAGCAAACGAGCAUUGGAAGGUGACAUUCAACGUUUAAGCAUGAUCUUAACUGACAAAGAUACCGAAAUUCAAGUCUAUCAAGAACGAUGUGAAUCAUUAAUUCGACAAAUUCAAGAUCGGGAUGAAAAAUGCCAAUCUUUACAAUUAAGUGUCGAUCGUCUUUCAUUAACAUUGGCUAAAGCCGAAGAAGGUGAAUCAAGUCUGAAGACUCGUGUACAAUCAUUGAACCAAACGAUUUCUCAAUCAACUUAUCAAGCAGCUGAUUUGCAACAAAAACUCGGCGGUAUUCAAAAUGCUUUACAAAGUAGUGAAGCUGAACGUCGUAUUUCACAAGAAAAACUCGAACAAUCACGAACACAAAUCAGCGAACUUAAGAAACAAAAUCAUGAAUUACUCGAACGUGUUGGUCAUGUUCAAAACGAACUUGCUGAUUCCGAAAUGCGACGACAUGAAUUAGAAAAUCAACUACGUAAUGCAAAUACCUUCCUCGUUCAACGUCAAGAAAGCGAACAAGAAGCAAUUCAGAAGAUCUCUCUCUUAACUGCUGAUAAACAAACUUUACAGGAAAAAUUGUCUCUUUUACAACGUCAAUUAGGCAAUCUCGAUAUUGAAAAACGUGAUGCUGAAUUAUCGAAAUUACGUUUAGAAAAGGAUAAAAAUGUCUUGAAACGAACACUAGAUAAAGUCGAACGUGAUCGUGUCAUUACUGAAGAUAUUAUUCGUUCAUGGGACCGAACAGAAAUCGAUCGACAAUUCCGUCGAGUUGAAGACGAAAACCAAGCUUUACAACGACAAAUCGAACAAUUACAAAACGUUCUUAACAAAUCCGAACAUCAACAUGCUCAGCGUAUGAUCGAUUUUACAACGCGUAACCGACGUGAAACUGAAGCUGAAACUGAACGUCUUCGAACAUCUCAAUCAGCCGCUGAACGUGCUUUAGAAACUCGAGAAAAAUCACAUCGUUCUCGCGUCAAAAGUCUCGAAGAACAAGUUCAAACACUUCGAGAACAACUCCACUCGGAAAUUCGUCAACGUCAAUCUCAUCUCAACCGCACUAGUGACGAUCUAACUGCUCUUCGUCGAGAAAUCACCGAUCCGUUGACAUAUGUUUCUCGAGAUCCACUCGGUCUUGAUCCUCUUCUUCUAGAUCACGAAGUCAAACGCUUAGGCGAAAUCAAUGAACAACCCGUACGUCUUCGUUCACCAAAUCGCCGCACGAUUUCACCAUCAAUCGCCUUACGUUCAAUGCGAGCUGCAGCUGCCGUCGCAGCCUCAACGACGGCAACACCUCAACUCGGUACCUCAUCACCAAGCGUUCGCCCGCGCUCCUCACGACCACGUUUUUAA